CUUGACGUCCACUUUUUACCUAGGGAUAAAGUAGAACUAAGCACAGUACAAAUAAAAAUCAAGUAUUUAUUAAAAGAAAAUAGUCAAGUAUACCGUCAGCUAUUUGAGAGAGAUACGAGUGGAGCGCAAACAGUGCAUAAGAAUACAAAAACAAAAGACGUAAAAGAGUUUCCGAACCUUUCUAUCUACGCCCUAUUCGAGUUCUGCAAGAAUCUCUCCUUUUCUAGUGAAUCGUUGCACCAAUCAAUGGUAGUUUUGGGUGGAUAACAGAAAUAACUUCAGGGAUGGGAGGUUGCUGCUGUUCUUCCAGAAAAGCUCAUCUGCAUGGAACACCAGUCUAUUACUAUUGUCCACCGGCUUUGGAAGAGCAUGAAUCCCUGACAUCUCAUGUUGGCGCAGCCUCUACACUGAUAGAGGGAUUCCUGGUUGAUUUGGGUCUAGACGCAUCAACCCCUGACACUUACCGACCGCCUCCUGCACCUUUGCCAUAUGAUUUGAUCUUGGGAUGUUCACGAUCUACAGAUUCUGACUCUGCUGGAGAAACAAUUAUCGGCAGUAGCUUUGGAACUUUGACUACAUGUGAAGAUCUUAAGGAAUCAGACUGUAAAGCUCAAGCCAAUUCUUUGAAUGUCUCGCCAAGAAAAGUAGAAGUUCCAAAUUUGAAUGAACUUAAUAUAUCUGUAGCAGAGGAAGAGGAUGAUUGUCCUAUUUGCCUUGAAGAGUAUGAUUCUGAGAAUCCAAAUACUAUAACGAGAUGUGAACACCACUUUCACCUCUCAUGCAUUCUUGAAUGGAUGGAAAGAAGUAAUGCCUGCCCGAUAUGUGAUCAGGAAAUGACUUUUGAUAAUACCUGUACUUAGUUUCUCGCAUUCUCUUUCAUGAUGGAAGCUUAUUUACCAUUUGCAACCAAAGGUUCCCAGCUCAGUGGCUGUAGAUGCGUAGCAAUCAUUUGUUUCAUAGCCGGUCAUUCAGUUAUGGCCCACAGAUUUAUUUCUAGUUUGGUGGCUGAGUUUUUCCAAUUCCAUUGUUCCUGCGGUAUAAUUGGAUCAAAGAAAUGAAGUUAUUAUACAGUCACACCAGUGAAAAUAGUGCAUUGGUCAUUCAUCUCUUCCUCAUUGCAUAAACGUGGAUUGUCAGUUGUCAGAUUUGCAGGAUAACAGGAAUUUAGAUUUGAACAAGGCUCCUUUAGGCAAAAUCACUGCUCUGUGGCAUAUUAAUUUGUAAGAUUUCUCUUUAUUGUACAGAUCAUACUGCCUAUCAUUGUUGUGUACAUAGAUCUGUUUUCACCUAUUGGACUGGUCUUGUAAAGUCUUUUCAUUUUAUUUUGGAUGAGUUUCAAUUGGUGACUGAUUGGAAGUUUUUGGAAUGACCAAUUAGAUCUGUACCCUUGUGUUUAAGUUUAUCCACUAUUUGCAGCUUUAGCUUCCA